AUGGCCUUGUUUGUGGCUAACAAUGAAGAAUUUGAUCUUAUCAUUAAAUCAGCCGAUGAUAAAUUAGUUGUCAUUGAUUUUUAUGCUCAGUGGUGUGGUCCAUGUCGCCGUAUAGGGCCUAAAUACGAGGCUAUGAGUAAGGAUCCAGAAUAUGAAAAUGUUAUAUUUCUGAAGGUUGAUGUUGAUGAUAAUAGUGAUACUGCCGAAGCUUGUGGUAUCAGUUGCAUGCCAACGUUUCAAUUUUAUCAAAAUGGACAAAAGAUUGAUGAACUUUCUGGAUCUGACGAUUCACAACUUCUAGCUAAAAUUAAAGAAUUAAUGGUUCGAUAA